AUGUCGGACUUCUUCCGCAGAGCGUCUGAUGCACUCCAGCAUCGCCAGCGUCAAGACUCUGCUGACUCAACGAACGUACCCGAUCCCUCCGACGCAGCAAAACAGCCCGAGCAACCGUCGCUCAAUCAACAGGCCGGGUCUAAUCAGCCUGCCACUCAGGCCACCGAGGGUCUCGCUGGUCAAGCAGCUGGUGACGACGCUCAUCCGAAACACCGUUUCUGGGUCUGGGGACACCACCAGGAUAACAAACCCAUGACAAAGCCGGAACCUAGCCAGGCCAAGAAAGAUGACAUUGAUUGGGUUAUUGGAUCGUAA